AUGAUCAGCAAACGCAUCACGGAGAGUGAAUGUGCCAACAUGGGCAAUGCAUAUCCAAUAUGUGCACCACAGACCAGCGACACAUGGAUUCAAGGAAACGAGUACAAGUUUAUAUGGAAUUACAACUUUCCAUAUUUCAUCUCUGGUCAGUCGCAGGCAGAUAGUUGGCUUGAUCUUCAUUUGUACUAUCGUGAGAAUUACGCCUAUCAAGAAAUCUUCCAUUGGGACAAUCUACCGCUAUUAGAUGGCUCACUUGCUGUCACCGUGAACGAAUCAUGGUUCCCGAUACCCACCAACUCGCCCAAUCAAACAUGGACACUCUAUGGAUACUAUCUUCCAGCAGGCACCAAUGCAUCUCAAGAAUUAGUCAACACGUAUAGCAUGUUUCCUCGACCCUUCAAUUUCACUGCAAUUCAACUUGGUGAUGGCAGCAGUAACGGUGGAUCGAAUAGCCAAGGAAACUCUUCCCAUGCCGACAGCAAUAGCAGUAGCAGCGAUUCGGAUCAUUUACCAGGAUGGGCUAUAGCAGUGAUUGUUAUUGCAUGUGUCGCUCUUGCAGCCGUCAUUGCAGCUAUAUUCGCAGCACUUUGGUAUUUCCGUCGUCGUCGUCAAAAUGCGAAUGCUGAAGCAAUCAACGCAUCAUCAACAGCAGCAGCAUCAUCCUCAUCACCACCGCCACCACCACCAAUGUCACAAGCAAACAUUGCUAGCAACAAUAACAACAAUGACCUAGGAACAAGCACGGCACAUUCAUCAAAGCCAGCAAUACAAAGCAAUGAUGGAGAAUCGAUUUAUUCAAGUACACCAAUGAUGGCAGCAGCCGCUGGUACAGGAAUGUCAUCCGUACGAGAUUCAAGUACCACCGAUGGAUCUAAUGCAUCUCGAGCACGCACGUCACCACCAGCAGACACCUUCCGAAAUUUACUACAACAUUACCCAGAUUGGAAAGCCGUGUUGCCAGGUCAAGAGGAGGAUCAUGAUGAGGCACAACGUCGUCGUCUUGGUGAAGCAUUACUUCAACGAGAAUUAGAGGAAGAAGGAGCAGCAGUAAAACAAACCGAUCAUCGCGCACUUGCUAUUCAGACCGUUGCACCACCGCAUGAACCACAAGAAAGCACAGCUGUUGUAUUAGAACGCUCACCAUCAAGCGCAUGA